AAUGACUGACAGUGGUUCUAGUGAUGAUGAUUUAGGACUAUUUUCCUUUGCAAACAAAAGAACAAUUGUGAGUACACCUCCAACAUCACCUACAAAUAGUGAAAAAGAUGAGACCGAAUCUCCUGUUGUCAAUGACAGAAGUCUAUUCAUGAGGAAAAACAAACGGAAGCGACUCAACGCUCCACACAUCAUUGAUGAGGCAGACAACCAAACUGGCAAUGAAAAUGAUGUUGAAAUCAAUUCUAUGACAGAAGAUUCUACUGCUAUGUCAGAAAAAAUUCGUCACUAUGACAAUAUUGUUGCAAAUAUCUGUGAUAUUGAUCCAGUUGCAAAUGCAAUCCAAGUACAACCAACCAAAAAGUUCAAGAAGAUUGCCGAAAAGAGAGAACAACUGAUUCACAAUAUAGAUGGUGUGCUAAAUAAGUUCAAGAGCAAGAUAAACACGGUAGAGGAGGACCUCCCACAUAGCAGUUAUGUGGUUGCUGAUGAUAAUGUCCGAGCUGACAGGCCCUUCAUGCUGAAGAUGAGGAAAGGAAGCAACCUACAUCGCUUUAAGAUCAAAACGGAUACUCCUCUAAAAACGGUGUUGGACCAUCUUGCUCCGGAAUACAACGUGAAACCAGAGCUUUUUAUCCUACAAUUAAAUGACGAAACGUUGGAUCCUCUGAGGACGCCCAACCAGCUGGGACUGACUGUCGUGGACAUUAUAGACGUGUUGGUAGGAAGUGUGCCUCAAAGCACAGCAGCACAAGUACAGAUCGUGGACCGUAAGAAUGUUAUUAAAAUCAAAGUUCAAUCUACUGACUUCAGGAACAAUACUAGAGAAUACGAAGCGAUCAAGACGAAACCCCUGGUGGAAUGCCUAUUUGAAGCUUGCCAGGAUUUUGGUUACCAGGCUGCGAAAUAUUUCUUCGAUGGAGACGCUAUUGAUCCCAGGAAGACGCCAAUGGAACUAGAACUUGAAGAUGAUGAUUGUUUGGAUAUCGUAGAACAAACUUAAGGAGUCUUAUAUCUAGUUUGUAAUCUUGAUCGAAUCCAAGGGCUUGUAUUUUUAAACUGUGUUGUUAUUUGAAACAGAUUUUGAACUUCUUGAUUUCCUUAAUGUAAUUAAACUUAAUGUUAACUAUCCUGAUAAUGCGAUAACAUUAAUACCUGUACUCAAUAUCUUGUUUAAUAAUGGUAUAUAAUACACUGAUACGUAUCGUGUAAAAAUGUAUUGCUUAAAUAUUAUCAUUGUGAAUUAGUUUGGGCCACUUGGUAAUCUAGCUAGGCAUAGUUGAGGCACUAAAAUGAAAUUCCUGGGGCACAGUUGGGGAAAAAGUUACUUUGGGCACAGUUGCAGCAAAAGCAGAUGGGGCACACUUGGGAGAAAAGAUGACCUGGGGCACAGUUUGAGACGGGAAUUUCAGGCAAAUC